CAUGCAGCAGCUUCACAUUUGGGCCAGGAAGAAAAAAAUAAAGUUCUUUACAAUUUUGUACUGAUACCAACAUGAUGUUAAAUUUUGAGGGUCAUUUACCAACAUUAAUAUUAUUUAAGAGAUGAAGAUUUCUGCUUGCAGCUUGUCUCCUCCUCCCUGCUGCUGACGGUCAGUUUGUUUGUUCAGGGGUUUAAUAUUUAGCUCGCUCACAUGCAUUUUUUUCCGACCAGUUGACUACCCUCGCUUUCAGAUCUGUAAACACAUCGGCAGGUUUUAACUUACAUCCUGACUGAGGAAACUUUGGGAAGCUGUCGUCCAGCCGGAGCCAUCCGAUGCCUGAGGACUGACUGUUUUGUAUGAAGUUUUAAAGCUCUCCUUCCUGGAUUCAUCCUUUUCGGCUCUUUUUUCUGAGUGACUGGAUUGAAAAAAUAACUGAGGAGAGAUGGGACCUCGUACUGCAGUUGCUCCUUCUAAGGACGUAAAGCCGGUCCCAGGUGGAGGAUGUGGAGGUCAGGGUGGAGCUCGACUGAGGAGCAGCAGUGAUGGAAGCAGAUACAGCUGGAGAGGAACCGGCAUUCCCAGCUCAUCCUCUUCCUCCUCUCUAGUGCUCUCCAACCCCAAAUCAGUCCUGAAAAGACCAGUGAGCACAGAAGAGCUGCAACGACCAGGAUCACCAUACAUCAAGAAAACCUUUACAAUUGUGGGUGAUGCAGUCGGUUGGGGGUUUGUGAUCAGAGGAAACAGACCAUGUCACAUCCAGGCUGUGGAGCCCUGUGGUCCAGCUGCUGCUGCAGGGAUAAAGGUUCGCCAAUUUGUAGUUUCAGUUAACAGUGUCAAUGUUCUUAACCUGGACUACCGCACCGUCAGCCACCUGAUCCUCAGAGGACCCCGAACCAUCGUGAUGGAAGUUAUGGAGGAGACUGAACAGUGAGGAAACCCUACAUGUGUCGAGGUUUUUCUCAAAGGACUGUAAAGACACAGUAAGGAAACAGGAGAUCACACUGUUGGCAAUUAUCCUUCUGUUUUAAAAUUGUUCUUGAAAUGACGAGUUGUUGACUGAAGGCAUCUAGAGUCAGGGUUGUCUCUCAGAAAUGGACUAAAGGUAGAAUUUGUUAAUGAUGUGUGGAAACCCAGUAGUCUUGUUUAUGUGCGUAAGAGGCAGAUCAGUAAACUGCAUGAAGACAGCACUGGUUGGUUGAAUUCAGAGAACAACCCUCUUGAUGUCCUGGUGAAGUCUUCUCCUCUCUAACGUCACCAUCAGUAAUGUCAUAUCCAUCAUAAAUGCAUCAAACGUACAAUUUUCUGUUUUCUUUGUGCUCAUAUAACUGCAGCUCCAUGAGUAAUUACUAUGAAAAUAUUCGAUGCUACUCUGCAAAUAAACAGAAAGGCUAAAAGGCCUAGUUACGUGACCUGUUCUUUAAACAGCUGUACCACUGAUCAAGUUUUUCAAUUUAUGCAAGUCCUACAUUAAAGCUUUGCAUGUUGAUUCAAAGAACACUUUUUAAAUAAGUAUAUGAUAUCACCAAAUGUGUCUAACAGAAAAGAAGUCCUCCUAAAUAAUGUACAUUUAUCUAUAUUAAAGUGCUGAAAGUGCUUGUUUUAAAGUGUUUGCAGUUACACCUGCACCAUGUUUUUCUAGAGAGUAAAGAGAGAUUAAUGGGUUAGCAGGUAUGUCAGAAUUUUUAGUGUCACCAAGGUGGCGUUUACCUGCUAGAUCAACAUGGUAACAGAUGCUGCAGAGCUAACCUGGUUAUGUUUCAGAUUUAAACUGGUUCCUGGUGAUUCUUUAUGAGUGAAACAGAUAGUCAGCAGAGGUAAUACAGCAUAUCUGAAAACCUGUUGAUCUGUGUUGCUAUGGGAAACUGACAUGCAUUCAGUUGGUGAUGCAGAAAUAUGUUUUUAUGUUUUAGUCUUGAUUUGCCUUCCAGACCAUUGUACACUGUUGGUACUGCGGCAGAUAGGAUACAAUAGAAAUUUAUUUUGUUUUUUAGUAUUUAUUACAGAGGUUAUUCAAUUAAUAAUGUUAAUUUCACUUUAAUUUGUCCAAAAAUUUAAGUGAUAUCCUGUAGAGUCAGAGCUACAUGCACUUAAAUACAGUUUUAUGUUUGAAUGACUGAAGUUCAACAGCUCUAAAAUGAAUAUAUUAACACAUGAUUAAAAGUUUUCCUGUCUUGCAUCAUCUGCAGUGGCAGCAGCUUUCAUCAAUUUUUAUAUUACUUGUUGCUCUCCAUUGAAACAGAAUGUUGACUGAAGUCGACAGCACAUGAUUGGUCCAUUUUGUGCAGAAGAAGAGUCACAUGAUGCAUUAAUACUCUUUUAUAGGAAAAGAGUUAACAAUGAAAGUUGUAGACCACCAUUGUGAUACUUGUCAUGCCUGACUGGAGGUUUUAGGUUUUGUUAAGCCGGCUAACACAAAGAAAGUCUGGAUUUGUUGAGCCUGCUUCAUGGUUCAUGCCUCUGAAGGUGAUCAUGAUGUUGAUAUCGUUCCCACCUGGUGUUGUUUUCUUCACUGCUUUGGACUUAUCACCCUGUGUGCCCCUUCACUGCCUCAUGUGCACACAAACACUUUACCUGCAUCCAUCACAUGAGCGUUCACACCUACACAUGCCUGGAAACACAAUCCCCUCCAGCUCCUCUAUUCACUGUUUACCUUUCCAUCCACUGAUUCCAGGAAAGUGUGAGGAAGAUCAGCAGCUUAGACAGACUGCAGCUCGAGUACUUUGUUUUUGAGCCUCUCUUUAGCGUCUCUUUUUCUUUUUAAUAGCUUGUUUUAAAAUGUGCUUGAGAGUAUGUGUCUCAGCAGGCGGCGUUUUGCUCUCUGCAGGGUGAUUCUCAGCUGCAUCUGUAAUGCUGGUUUUUCAUACAGGCGUUUAGAAGAGUUAUACUUUUAAAAUAUAGAGGAUUUUUAAAAAAACACUAAAUAUGAAAAGCAUGUUUUUCUUCCCUUAAAGUGCAAUACAGAAUUCCAAGCAGACAAUAAGCUGAUUACAGGCUUAUCGCAGGUAUUUAAAACUUUAAUUUCAAUUUUAGAUGGAUUAUUCUUAUUUAUAAUCCCGUUUUAAUUACUUGCUUAAAGGUAAUCUCUUUCAUUCUUUAACUCCUUCACCUGUAAUUAUUUGUAUUUGUUUUGAUUGUGAUCCUACUGAAAGUUGCAUUUCUUAUGUUAAAUAAAAUAAGAUGCAAAUAAAGUCUUGAUUGAUCAA